UACUGCAUAAGAGAUAUACAUGUUUCCAGCUAAAGUCAGACGCACAACGAAAAAAACUUAUUCAAUGUGUUAAAGCAAUAAUUGAAACAAUGGUAUCUCAGAGCAGAUGACCAAGACUGCACGAUGAUAUGUGCUUUGCUUGUGAAAUUGCAGUCAUAUGGAUGGAGAAUCAACUGACAUAAAGCAAGAAUGAAGAUCACAUAUUGCACUAUCUGAAUGAGGUAAAAAGUCGUCACUACCUACAGUCUCCUUCACAAAUUGGAGUAAAGAUACAAUAGUACUAUUUGGUUAACUCGAUUUCCUACAAACAUGGUACUAAGAUUGAACAUCGACCAAAUAGAACCAGCAACACGAGACUGGAUUUGCAAAGUUCAAAUUGUGGAAAUAGGCUGCCCACGAGAAAGCCUUGACAAGAAAUGUACAUUCCAAAAUCUAAUUUUGGAAGAUGAAACGGAAUGCCAAAUUAAGGCAGUUAUGUAUGCUGAAGAAAUUGAGCAGUAUGCAGCUACGCUUAAACUCAUGAAUACCUACCUCAUCUCUACUACAAGAGUCAAAGUCUCACCCACUUCAUACGGCAAGCCAAUACAUCAAUUUUACUGGAUUUUUGACAAAGAAACAGUAAUUGAACAAAUCAAACCAUCUAAUGAGGUUGAAAUUCCACUUCCCCUGCCAACCAAGCUGAAUAUCACAGCCUUUGACCGCAUUCCUCAUCUGAUGGUUGAUUCUGCUGCUGAAAUUGAUAUACUGGCAAUCGUUCUUCGUUGUGGUCCCCAAAAAACCGCUGGUCGCAGUCAUCAUAGGUGUCAAGAAAUUACCCUUUGUGACAAUCAGUAA